AUCCCAGCCGUUGGAUUGCGAGCCGGGAGUUCUAGGCCGUCCGUUUGUCACCCACAUUUUUUUCCAUGGCGUCGUCCAUUCUUCUCACUUCGAAUGGCUUGCGCGCCAGUCGGGGUUUUGCGAGCCAUGGCUGUCUCAAAUCGCGAUUUGGGGCUCCAAUUCCAUCUCUGGGCAGAGCGAUUCCAUCGCUGGCACGGAGACGAGGGGGAGGAUUGACUGUCAAAUGCGAGCAAGGGGCUUCUAGCAGCGCCGGGGGAGAAUUGGGCAUUUGGGUUGGAAGAUUCGCGAUGCUUGGAUUUGUCGGAACGCUCGCGGUAGAAAUUGGCACUGGCAAAGGCCUUCUCGAGACUGCCGGAUUGACGACUCCAGCUCCAAUUCCCGCAUUGGCAGUGGCGGGUGUCCUCGGGGUGAUCGCGGCGCUGGGAAUUUUCAGGUCCGCGCCAAAAGAAUGAGACUCUAGAAACCUUCUAUCUCUUUUCCAACACGACAUCCACGCAGAAGAAAUCUUUGGAUUGCUAAAGCUGUAGAUCUGUGAGAACGCAUUCUUUCCUUUGCUCGAAUUCAAAGCGCGUCAACUUUUUACGUUGCAAAACUGGGAAUGUUUUUUAAUCGUUGGCUCACCGGAGGGAAAUGCUGAUAAGAUGAUCGUCUUUUACGCGCACCACCAUAGAAUUUGGGUAUCUUAUGCCCGGAUGAGGCAGCAGCCCAGUGCCAAUCUCAAACUUGUAUCGCAGAAAGCACGCAACGAAAGUUCUUGUUGGGGAGGACUCUGAGUUGUAUGUUUUUGAUACCUACAUGCAAACUUCAAAGAGUCGUUCUCUUG